UCGUUAAAACCGCAACGUUACAACCGCAUCAAGUAAGUUAAUCCGCUUUAUGUAUUUUUCCUCAGUCCUCUGUAUUUUGUUAACCCCUCAGAGCUACCCCACGUUGUUGAUAUGGUCCAAAACCGUGCCAGAUGUAAUCAGUGUUCCUAUUAAUUUACAGUUUACUGAUAAACUUUUCUCGUUUAUUGUAAUUGUGAAUUGUAUCCUUACCAAAAAUUUAUUCAUCCAAGUUCUAAUUUUGUUCUUACUAAUUUGAUCUUUUAUUUGAGUGUCAAGUGUUCAAAUUCGCGAGUGUGAUUGUGAAAUAGUUAUUGCAUUUCUAUUAUUUUGUCGUAUUUCUCUCAAAGUCUGUAAUUCCAAAACGUGAUUCAUUCUUCAAGCCAAAACGUGCAAUAUCAUUGUCUGUGAAACGCUUAUCGUUUAUCCUUAUCGCUUCUGAGAUUGUUCUUUCCAACUUCCAAUCGGUUUGGUUCGGUACACGCACGCGCCUAGAGAGAGCACGAAUAGGAGCAGCAACUGUCAGCUGGCAAGCGGUGCUAGCGCCACGUUCACCUGGAGAGAGAACGAAUAGGAGCAACAUCAACCUGCGCAGACUAUGCAGCCUUCACCUGUACAGGUUAGAGAGAGAGAGUGAGUAAGACAGGUUAUUGGGAAUGAACGGUUCUCCAGAUUCAACAGCCACUAACGGACUAUCACCAUAUCAUAAAGAGAACUGUCACCGCCUGGAGUACCUUGUGGAGAGACAACAACAGCUUUGUGGACUCAGUGGCAAUAUACUUAGGGCUGUAGGCAAUGGAGCGAGAAUGAGCAUUGAGGAAUGCCAGCAUCAGUUCAGAAUGAGUCGAUGGAAUUGCUCAACAUUCAGCAACACAACGUCUGUCUUUGGAGACGUGUUGUCUGUCAAGAGUAGAGAGACAGCGUUCGUUUACGCGAUAUCAUCGGCGGGCGUCGCUUAUUCGGUGACGCGUGCCUGCUCCAAGGGGGAGCUCACUGAGUGCAAUUGUGAUAAUAGAGUGCACCUUCGCAAGCCCAGGAAGAACUGGCAGUGGGGUGGUUGCUCAGAGGACAUCCACUAUGGAGAGAAAUUCAGUAGAGACUUUGUUGAUGCCAAAGAAAAUCCUGAUUCAGCCGAAGGACUGAUGAACCUACAUAACAACGAGGCCGGACGCAGGCUGAUCCGAUCGCAAAUGCAGCGCGUGUGCAAGUGUCACGGCAUGUCGGGCUCGUGCAGUGUGCGUGCGUGCUGGCGCAAGUUGCCUCCGUUCAGGGCGAUUGGAGACGCUCUCAACAACAGGUUCGAGGGCGCUUCCUUUGUCAAAGUGGUCGAGAAGAGGAGGCGUCGUGUCAAAAAGCUGAGGGCGGCCAUACGUGACCUCAAACAACCGAAUCGUACCGAGCUGGUCUUCAUGGAGGAGUCUCCCGACUACUGUGAGCGCAAUGAAACACUGGGCGUUCUGGGAACACGCGGCCGCCUGUGCAACCGCGGCAGCUUCGGCCUGGACGGGUGUCGGCUGCUGUGCUGUGGGCGGGGCUACCAGACGCGCGUGCGCGAGGUCGACGAGAAGUGCAAGUGUCGCUUCGUCUGGUGCUGCAACGUCGUCUGCGAGACUUGUCGCUACAAGCGCGAGGAGCACGUCUGCAACUGAUCAAUUGUGUUCAUUUCUUGUACAUAUUACACAACCGAAGAUAGUUCAGUCACCAGAAAAAGGUUGCAAUUGGAGCAGCGACAGGGUAGUUGAGUACUGCCAUCUGUGUUUCACUAGCCGACCUUUUUCUUGUGACUGUACCAUCUACACACCAGUGGCGUAAUUAUAAAACUAUUAAUUUUAACCAACUAUAGAAUAGUACAUAUUAUUAGUGUUCAUUUCUUGUAUAUAAGACACCUAUUAUACUGUACAACACCUCAGUAACGUGAAUAGUAGCUAUUUAAUUUAUUCAACUAGUAUUAUCAGAUCACAUAAUGUUAUUUUAUUUAAAACUGGGGUUUUACCGACAUGUUGAUAAUGAUGCUUGAUAAGAAUGUACUGGUACCAAGUAUAGCUUUAUUGCUGGGUGAUAGCCUACCCAGCUAAGGCAUGAGCUUGCGUGUAUAUGAAAUUGAGAGAAUUAUGAUGACAGGAUAAACAGCUUUGGAGGAUUCUGAACCACCAGGAAGUAAUUUGAAAGUCAUAAACGAUGUAUAAAAAAUUAAUAAAUGUAUAUCCUUCAAACCAAGAACAUACACAAUAUAUUUGAUACUAAUUCAGAGAUAGCAAAACAGAGCUAGUAAGAAUAUGAAAUAAUACUGGGUUUAACCAACUCAACUCAACUAUGGUUGAACCCAUAUACUAUCGUAUACUAUCAAAUGAUAUUUUCGAUUGAUUUUUCUGAGGCUAAGGCCUUCAUAAAAUUUAAUCUUGAACUCGAGUAAUAGAAAAAAUAAAGUGGGGGGGAACCAAACAAGUGAAUUCCUAACAUCAUUUUUUCAACUAAUAAUUAAUACUACCUAUUUAGCGAAGUUGCUUCAAAUGAUCUCUCAUCCAAAGGGAGUGGCAGACUCUUGCCUCUUAUCUAAUCUUAUUUGAGCGAUUAGCGCAAAACUGCUGUGACGAAUAAGUUUCUUGGAUAUUAUAGCUGUAGUGUGGUACCUAGUCAAACAUUAUAUACUUCAAAGUUCGAACUACUAAACUUCUAAAUUAGAUUCUUUCCAGUACUGGUAAACCUACUGCCAUCCUAUGAUGUUAACAAGUCUUAACGUCAACUUAAGUGUUCGCGGAAACCUUUAUCAAGUUUAUAUUUGUAAUACUCUUCAUAUCUUCAUAUUCUGUUUAAUGUAUGUGUAUUAUUGUUGUGAGAUAUAUUAUUCGUUUUUCUUUGAAAUUUUUGUCAUUUUGUAUAAAUAAACCUUGAUAAGCAAGUUG